AUGAAGUACGCCGGUAGCCGAGUCGGUGCCGACAUCCGUGCCGCGAUGGUUGGUGGAGAUGGACGGCGCGGAGGCGGACUGUGUGCAGCCCGCUCGGGAGACGGUGUCGGCGUCGGGUACCGGAUCGGCGACUGCGGCUCUAUGCCCAGUGACAACCAUUGGCUGGACACCAUGGAUGGUGGCGAUGGUGAGCACGGGCCGUCGCCGUGGAGUGGGCACCUAGGCCGGGGUGGAGCCGCCAAGGCGAGAACCGGCACUGGAGGCGCCGGUGGAGUCGGUGCCCUCGACGGUGGCGCCGCGGGCAGAGCUGCGGUUGACACCACCGAACGCCGUGAUGGAGGGGCGACGUUUGCACUGCUCUGCAGCGUCGCCGCCUAUUCGUCCCCGCUGCUCACCAUCCUUCCCCUACCACUGGGAUCCUCCAUCAGUGAGGAAGGCCCGUCAUCCCCUACCCACACCGCUCCUCUCGGCUUCGAUCUGGCAUGA